CUUUCUUACCAACACACUCUCGCAGAAACACCUGUGCUCAAAAAUGUCUGACGGAACUGGAGCCACCAACCCUCACACUGAGGAUUCCUUUGCUGAGAGCAAGGGCAAGGGAAAGGCUACUCAGGAUGAUGUUCCCCACGCCGUCGCCAUGGAUGAGGACGACGACGACGACGAGGAUGAUGACGAGGAUGAGCUUGAAGAGGAUAAUGCUGAACCAGAUGAGGAUGGACUGGAGGAGAUUGAUCUGAACAACAUUGUUGAAGGCGGACGUCGCACUCGCGGUGCCCAGAUUGACUACGCCAGGGCUGCUGAGCAGACUCCCAUGGACGAUGACGAGGACGAGGAAGACGACGAGGACUUCCACCCUCCCACCGAGGACACCGAGAUGGAGGGCUAAGAUAUCAUCCCUCUGAUUCUCUGGCUCAAUCGAGUCGCCAUUCGGUCUAUGAUUUUAUGUUUAUGGAUUCACCAGGAUUUUUCACCGCGCAGGUAGGCGGGGAGCUCAGAGCGGGAUUGAUCUGGGUAUUUAAGCUGGGGUCAUGUAACCACGAUAGGCCGCUAUUUGCUACAUAUUUGGGACGUGUUAUAUACCAUGCGGUGUUUGGGGGAACGGAGAUAGGUAGCUGAAAAUUGCACGCACAUGCUGCCACUGAGGCCAUCAACAAUCUGUUGGC